GACUGCAGCUCCGCGAUGUACUACUUCUUCUUGCAGAACGAGUGGGUGAGCCCCCACAACGAGCGCCUCCGCUGGCUGUCGGGCUUCACCGGGGCCGGGGCGAGCGUGGCCGUGGUCACGCGCAGCACCGCGUCGCACGUCAAGGAGUUCGCUGUGCUCUGGACGGACGCCCGCUUCCUGCAGCUGGCCGACGAGCAGCUGGACUGCAGCUGGCAGCUGCGACAGCUGCGCUCGCCGCUCCAGGUGGCGGACUGGCUGGCGGAGCGGCUGUACGCCGGAGACAAGGUGGGCGCCGACCCCAGGGUGGUGCUGGUGCCGCAGUGGGAGCAGUGGUACAACCGGAUGUACAACGAGAACUCCAUCGAGCUGGUGGAGGUGAUGCCGGGCAUUGUGGACGAGGUCUGGACCCGUGGCCGUCCCGACAAGCCCGGCCUCGAGGCCUUCAUCCACAAGACGGGACAGCGAGGGCAGAUCUGGCAGAACCGCGUGCGCGCGGUGCAGAAGCAGAUGGAGCAGCGCCGCGUGGACGGCCUCGUCUUAACCGCCCUCGACGAGAUCGCGUGGCUGCUCAACAUCCGCGGGCGCGACCUGCCGUACGCGCCGCUGCUCGAGGCCUACCUGGUGGUCCCCGUCCACGAGUCGGUGGACGUGGUGGCUCUGUACGUGGACAAGCAGCCAUCCAGGAUCACGCCGGCCAUCGAGCAGCACCUCAAGGCAGCCAACUGCGUCCGAACCAGGAUCUGCGUGAGCAUCCGGCCGUACGAGCAGUUCUGGCGCGACCUGGAGCGGCCCACCAACAGGACCGCGAUGUGGAUCUCCAACCACCCGCGGCUGGGCGCAUCCAGGGCGGUGCAGCUGGCGGUGCGGCGCCGGCACGACGUGCACCAGGAGUGGUCGCCGGUGAUCGCCCUCAAGAGCAUCAAGAACGAGGCGGAGCGCGAGGCCAUGCACUCGGCGCACGCCCUGGACGGCGCUGCCAUGUGCGAGCUGCUGGCCUUCCUGGACGCCCAGCUCGCCGAGGACGAGACCUGGACGGAGACGCGCGUCGCCGAGAGGGUCGACUUCUUCCGCCAGCCCGAGAUGUCGUUCAGGAUGACGUCCUUCCCGACGCACGUGGGCUACGGGCAGCACGGGGCGCUGCCGCACUACGUGCCGCGGGCCAGCAGCGACCUGCUCAUCGGCAAGGAGUCCACCGUCGUCAUCGACUCGGGCGGCCAGUACGAGAGUGAGUAGUACGACGAAGAGUGUGCGUG